ACUGCGAAAUUGAGACCUCAUUCGAUAGCUUUUACGUUUUUAUGGGACGCGUCAUUUGCUUCGUCCGUACAAUUGUUAAUAUCAGCGGAAACUUCUUUGGCAAUGCACUUCCCGUUUCUCACAAAUUCCUCUCUAAAUAUUUUUCAAUUUUAAAUUAUCUGUGGGACCUUAGGCCUACCUUUUACAGAGCUAUAUAUGGUUUCUCUUGUUUCUCUAACCGCUUCAUAAAAUUUCCUAAAUAGUUCUAGUCGAGUUCCACCAAAAAAAUCUCUUAACCUAAUGCAGUAAUUCCAAAAUAUAGUAGAAGAAUAGAAAUUUUUGCAUCAAUUAGCUAUGGUGGAUGGAAGUCUGUUUAGUGGUGGCGCGGUUGGUGCUGGAAUGCAGGAAGUGCUAAGACUGGCCAUAGAAAUGGUGGAGAAAGGUAAGAAUUUCAAAUCGGUGUUGAAGACGAAGAAGGAGACCUUAGAUGCGUUGACUCCUCUGGUAGAAGAAAUGAAACAAUACGCGAGAGAGUUGGAUCGCGGUACUGAUACAGUAGCAAGUUUGGAGAAGGAGAUAAACAAAGGGAAAGAGAUAGUGGAGAAGUGCUCCAAGUUUCGUUGGUGGCGGUUUCCCUCUUUCCCUCUGUACCAUGACAGGAUUGAAGAAAGAAAUAAGAAGCUCGGGAGGAUUCUGUCUGUGAACGUGCAAACGCAGAUCGGGAGGGAUGUGAUGGAGGUGCUGUAUAACGUGAGGAAUAUUCUUGAUAUUAUUCGUGAUGAUUAUGGAGGGCGGUUAGGAGAAGAGAAAGUUUUGCGUGGUGUGAGUGGAGUUCCUGAGAAGCCUGAGUUCACAGUGGGGUUGGAAGAGCCUUUGAAGAAGUUGAAGGUUGAGGUGCUGAAGAAGGAUGGUGACCGUGUUCUUUUGGUUACCGGCUUGGGAGGAUCUGGAAAGAGCACGCUGGCUAAGAAGCUCUGUUGGGAUGAACAAGUCAAAGGCAUGUUUGCAGACAAUAUCUUCUUCCAGACAGUGUCGAAAUCACCCAACUUGAAGAACAUUGUACAGACACUAUUUGAACACUGUGGACUCCGGGCACCCGAGUUUCAAACCGAUGAAGAGGCAAUUAACCGGCUGGGGAACUUGCUGAGGCAUGUUGGGGAUAAAGGUAGACCAAUAUUAUUGGUCCUGGAUGAUGUAUGGUCUGGCACAGAUUCAAUUGUUGAAAAGUUCAAAUUCUCCACCAUUCCAGAUUACAAGAUUGUAGUUACUUCAAGAUUUGCAUUUCGCAGAUUCCAUACUCAGUUCCACUUGAAACCACUUGGUGAUGAUGAUGCCGUAUCCCUCUUCCAUCACUUUACACAAGCCAAAGACACUAACUCUUAUAAGCCUGAUGAAAAUCUUGUCCAUGAGAUAGUGAGAGGUUGUAAUGGUUCACCUCUGGCUCUAAAAGUUAUUGGUGGAUCCCUGUGUCAUCAUCCUUAUGAGUUCUGGCAAACAAUGAAGGAACGGCUUAAAUCCAACAAAGACUUGGAUUCUCACCUUCAGAAUUGUCUAGACAUAGUGGAAGAUGACAAGGAGAAGGAGUGUUUCAUGGACCUAGGUCUGUUCCCUGAAGAUCAAAGGAUCCGCGUUCCUUUGCUGAAUGACAUGUGGACAGAACUGCAUGAACUUGAUGAGGAUGGAGUAAAAGCAAUGAAUAUUAUACAUAGUUUAAACUCCAAGAAUUUGGCUAAUGUCAUUGUUACAAGGAAAGUUGCAACGGACGUGGAAAUGUACUACAAUAACCACUUCCUUAUGCAGCAUGAUCUCCUUAGAGAGCUAGCAAACCAUCAAAGCAACCAAGAAUCGAUCGAGCGAAGGAAAAGGCUGGCGAUCGACUUGACUCAGAAUGGGAAAAAUUGUCCCAACUGGUUGGUAGGCCAGAAUCAGCCGGGUAUCGUUUCUCACAUGCUGUCAUUCUUAUCUGUAAGGGGAACACAACAACAACAGAAGCAGGAACAAGUCACUGCUCGCAUAAUGUUUGUUUCAACUGAUGAAACAUUCACUCCUGACUGGUACAACAUGAACCCUGAUGAAACUGAAGUUCUGAUUUUAAAUAUCCAUUCAAACAAGUAUACAUUUCCGGAUUUCAUUCAGAAAAUGAGAAAACUCAAAGUUCUCAUAGUCACACAUCAGGGUUUCCAUCCUUGUGAAUUGAACAACUUUGAGGUACUUGGUUCAUUACCAUGCUUGAAAAGGAUUAGCCUGGAAAAGGUUUCGGUUCCUAGCCUCUGCAAAUUGAGGAAGCUGCGAAAUCUGUCGCUUUAUAUGUGUACUACAAAGCAGGCUUUUGGAAGUAGUGGCAUCAAAAUUUCAGAUGCACUGCCAAAUUUAGUGGAGUUGAACAUUGACUAUUGCAUGGAUAUGGUGGAAUUGCCUUCUGAUUUCUGUAACAUUAUGACCAUGAAGAAGCUUAGUAUCACUAACUGUCAUAAGCUUUCUAAACUACCACCAGAAAUCGUUAUGCUGAAGAAUCUGGAAGUUUUGAGACUUAGUUCCUGCUCUGAUUUGAAAGAGAUGCCAGAAUCUGUUGGAAGGCUUCAACAGAUUUGGUGUCUCGACAUAUCAGAGUGUAUAAGCCUAACCCAGUUACCAGCAGACAUCGGCGAGUUGCAUAGUCUACGGAAGCUCUAUAUGUGGGGUUGCUCAGGAUUGAACGAAUUGCCGCACUCGGUCACAUCCUUCGAAAAUUUGAAGCAUGUGAUUCAUGUGAUCUGCGACGAUGAGGUGGCUGCUUUAUGGGAACAUUUCAAAGAGUUCACCAGCCUUCCCAAUCUGAUGAUAGUGAAGGUUAGAGCAGAUAUCAACCUACGUUGGCUUCCUGGGUUUCAUUGACGAGUCCAAUUUCCUGAAGUCCAUUUAAAGAAUUUGAAACUCCAUUGUAAGUAUCACCAUUUAAAUUGAAUUCACUCAACUUCUGUAUGUUGUUGUCAUUGUAAAAAGCCAUUGUGAAAAUAUGUAUUAGGCAGACGCAGGGUACUGCUAUCAGGAAAAUGCAAUGUAUAAAGUUCGAAAGAAUGUAUAUAUAUGUUUUUUGAUACAGAGAUGAACUAAGAAAGCAGAAAAGACAAAAAAGCGGUAAAACUAAUGAAAUAAAUGGCGCUGCAUUUGGUGCAGAAGGUGCUCAUUUGAAAUGAGCUAAUCCUCAAAUAUAUUCUGCAACCAAGUUUGCUGCUGUCUAAAUAAGUGAUAGUUGCUUGUGUAACAAAUUCCGACGGGGCUAUGCUUUAUUCACAAGUUUCAAGGUUUUUCAUUCA